AUGGGGAAUGAGAUAGAAGGCCCAGUAGGGUUUAUCAUCAUUGGCAGCGAAGAUGUGGGCAAAUUGGAUCUUGGAAUCUUUAUUGCUUCCAUUAUACCUGGGGGACCUGCUGAGAGAGCAAAAAAGAUCAAGCCAGGGGGGAGAAUAAUCUCCUUGAAUAACAUCAGUUUGGAGGGUGUCACAUUUAAUAUGGCUGUUAAAAUCAUUGAGAAUUCUCCUGAUGAGGUGGACCUGAUUGUUUCUCAACCCAAAGAUGUGUCUCAGGCAGUUCCCACAGAGGGAAUGAACCAUCAGAAAAAAUGUGAUCCUGCCAGGUCUGAGGUCUCUCCAGCAGCCAGUGGGAGAAACAGCCUUCAGAGGAGCUGUUCAUCAAACAGCAAAGAGCAAAACAUAAAUAUUGAUGAGCUCGAGGCAACACUUUCUCGGAGCUUAGUGCCCGACCCGGGCCAACCUCAGGUUCCAACUCCAUCAGCUGGCAGACUCCACUCAGAGAAUGUUGACUCCACCUACUCUUCACCACCUGCAACAAUCACCGCGGGAGAAACCUACUGGGUGGAAUUGGUUAAGGAAAACGGGACCUUCGGAAUCAGUGUGACUGUUAAGUAUUUUACUGUGGGUUUUUAUAAAGUCAACAGGGUGGUAUUAACACUACUGUGCCCUAUGGAGACAUCUUUGGAAGAACGGCCUGGAAAUACUGACUUCAGCUUGCGUUUCUCUUUCCCAGGUGACCGCCUGCUGGAGGUGGAUGGAGUUAAUCUGUGCGGUAUCACCCACAAGCAGGCUGUUGAAUGCCUCAAGAACUCCCAGCAGGUUGCGAGGCUGGUUUUAGAAAGGAGAGACCAGAGACCAGCAGAGCAGUGUCCAUCUGCUGAUGACAGAAAGAAAGAUGAAUGUGUUGCUGUUUCCUUAGCAACAACCUUGCCUGACAACCCCGAGAGCUGCGCCUUGGUGACAGAUGAGGACAUAUUUGAGGUGACUCUGAAGAAGAACUCCAGUGGCCUGGGAUUCAGCUUCCUACAGACGGCAAGGGACAGCUCAGAUCAUCUUAGAAGUUAUGUCGUGAGGAUUAAGAGGCUGUUUCCAGGGCAGCCAGCUGAGGAAAAUGGGGAAAUUGCAGUUGGUGAUAUUAUCCUGGCUGUGAAUGGAAAGUCUAUAGAAGGCCUCUCUUACCAGGAAGUCCUUCACCUACUGAGAGGCGCUCCUGAAAACGUUACCUUGCGUCUUUGCAGACCAUUUAAAGGUAUACUGCCUGGAAUAGAUCAGGACUUGCUGGUAAGAUGA